AUGGUCACAUCAAGUUUACCUUGUGGUCAAGAUUGGUCAUCUUUAGCAGGUUGCCUUCAGAUGGAUGCAACACAGACAUCUUCCGAUGACAUUCUUAAGUUUAUUCGUAAUGAGGGAUACAUGAUCGUUCCACCCUCCAACCCGCCAUCGAAAACGCCAAUCCCAGCGCCGCGCAGGGGUAAAAGAGCUGUCGGCACAAAUUCAAACGCCUAUACUGGGAAGUGCCCUUAUCAGUUUCAAGUGAAAGAUUUCAUCGAUACAGUACCAAGGUUUGUCAGCAAUGCCACGUGUCCGGGCUGUGACGUCAGGUGCAAGCCUGUGGUGUUUACACAGCGUCUGCUUCGAAAACAUUGCCAAGAUUUCUGGUUAUGGGAGGAGCAUGACGUUCGGGUGGCUUACUAUUUAGAUCAGUAA